AUGGGUCUCAGAUCUCUCGUCUCGUUCGGCUUUGUGCUCAUCCCUAUAGCUGUCACCAUCAGCGUGCUGCUCGGAAUACAAGCAUAUCGCGAAUCAAAAGGACUACCUUCCAACCCUUUUGUGGACAACUCGAUCAAAUCAUCAUUAUAUUGUCAAAAGGCUUUCGGUGUCACUCCGUACACAACCGGCCAGCAGUACACAUUGAACCCGAAUCAGUGGGCUCUUCCAGACCACUAUACUGGACCAGGAGGGUUGUGUAUGAAUGUUACAACAUUCGAUAACGGUAGCUAUCCGACAAAGACCUCAGCCGCAGAGUGGUCGAUCACAUGGCAGUUUCCUCGUGGCCCCCCGACUCAGCCCGUUCACGCAUUCCCCAAUAUCAAACUGGACUCGGCUGUUUUCCCGAUUGAAAUCUCGCAGGUCUCAGCCAUCAACUUCGAGACCGAAUGGUACUAUGGAGUCGGCGACGACAGGCCGGAUGUCCUGAAUGUCGCCGACCUGACUGCUGCUCAACUUGACGCCAAUGUCGCCAUCGACAUGUUUUUGGACUCGGAUCCCGACAAAGCCACAGAUACCGUGCAGGCCAAGUAUGAAGUCAUGAUCUGGCUUGGGCAAUUUGGAGCGUCGACACAGCAAAUUGGUCUACCACAAGGAGCAAUCGCAACACAGGUUGUCAACGGAACGACUUUCUCCUUAUAUUCUGGCGUGAAUGGCUUGGGCCAAAGCGUCCUCACGUGGGUUGCAAGCAAUGCUGCGAGUGGGGUUCAGACCUUCAACGCGGAUAUCGGUCCAUUACUUCAAGGUCUGACCGGGUUGGGAGGCCCUACUGUGAAUGACUAUCUCGGCUAUAUUGCGUUCGGCUCUGAAGCCCUUGAUUCGGCGUCCAAUGUCACUUUUUACAACAAGGUCCUAUCCAUGGAUGUGGUCUCCUCCUAA